AUGUUCGACAGGAGCCACAACAACAGUAACAAUAUCAAUCGUAACGAGGCGUACGAGUCCGCUCGAUCUGAUGCCGUCGAGUCCGACGUGGCGUCUCUCCAGAACUGUAACAAGUCGCUGUACGUCUGUCUCGUCUUCCUCUCGCUCUUCCUCGUGGGCGGUGGCAUUGCCCUCGGCGUGACGUCCAACGCGAGCGACAGCGCGACUGCCACAGCCAAAACCGCAGCCGUACCGCAAGAAGACCCUCAAGCGAUAGUCAAUAUCAACAAUAACAAUAACGACUCGCCGGGGGGUUAUAACUUUAUAGCUCCGGUACAAACCCAUCAAGAGCCGAUCGAGGGAGACACAAGCAGACAAACUGGUGCUCCGCAAUUGUCUGCGAACGACAUUGAUGCGGUGUAUCCGAAUGUUCAAUGGGACUCGUUCCAGGACUCGACUUCGGCCGUCAAUGCAAUUGCUGGCAACGUGUCUCCUCCGCUGAGCUCGUUGUUGUCGCCGGGUGGGAACAAUUCGACUGCUACUGUUGCUGUUGCUCCAGGUUCUACCCCAGCUGUUGCUGCUGUGAAGCCACAGCCACUAGAAGCAGUUCAGUCUCCUUUGCAGUAUUCGAUAAAGGAGACGCUGAGCUACCGUGUCGUGGACUUUAACUGGACGGAUGCGACCAAGUGGCAACAUGCAAGUGGGGCAGCCGUGCCGAGCACGAACGAUAUGUUCACGAACAGCGGCAUUCGACUCACGGGUGAGAACAGUAAGGAGCCUCUCCGUACGGUUGAAGGAUGGAGUGGCGAGAAAGUCGUGUUCAUUGAGUGGGAACGCACGAGCUCCAGCGACACGAACAUCUGGAUGUUAAACACCAAGUUGCAGUCGCAAUUCGGUAAGGCGAAUGGCUGGCCGUACUGGGGCGAGCUAGACCUGUUCGAGAUGUUUACGCAGGACGUUGUCGGUAGUCCUGGCAACGACUAUAGUGGACAUGGAAGUUUUUCUGACGUGUCGAGUUACGGUCAAUCGACACUGCACAUGGGACCUGCUACUGAGAAUGGCAGUCCUUGCUUUUGCCCCACCCAACCUUCCAAGAGCUUGUGGUACGGCAACGCAGAACCCAUGACGUCGGGCUGCACAGCCCAGUUCUCGAAUGACGUGUCAAACUCAAUUGCAGCAGUGUGGGGCUCUGACACUACGGGUCAGUACAUUCAGUUCAUCCAACAACCGACCAUUACCGAAGGUGGCAAGCUCAAUGGAGUCGAUACGUACGAUGUUGAUAUUGGUAGCCGUGGUGUCACGUCCAAGAUUUACAACAAUGCCAAGCUCUUCUGGGGCAUCGACGCUUCCGAGGCAUGCGCCAAGACUGGUGGCCAUGAUGCGGCAUCGGGUUUUCCUUUCUUCGAGAGCUUUCGUAUUGUUUUGGAAGAGCAGAAGAAGAAUGACAAGAGUGCAUCGUUUACCGUCACGAACGUCCAGAUCUUCACCAAGAUCUAG